CUACCCCUAUCACCUCCUCUUCCAUCUCUCUCCUCAAAAAUCCUCCCCAUCCCUCUAGGGUUUCUGCAAAUCUGACCUCCAAACCACAAAACAAACGAUGCAUUCGGGUUUCGAAAACCCCGGCAUCCACAACCCGCCCCAACCCGAGAACCCGCUUCUACUCUCCAUGAACCCGACCCACAUCCUCGACCAAAUCCACUCCCUUCCCACAACUCACUACGCCGGGGGCUACUUCAAGCUCGGCCUCAACGAGAGAGGAGGAGGAGGAGGAGGAGAUGCUAAUUUGCUUCGUGGGAGUGAGCAAUACCAACUGCCCGAGGCCCGACAAUCUUCCCUCGGAAUGCUCCACUCACAAUUUUGGGAACCCCUUCCAGCGCAAGUAUCCAAUGAAAACAGUGAAUUGAGGCAGGGAGAAGCUCUAACGGCCUGUUUGGACGCCAAAAGUAGACUACACUUCAGCGAACUCGAAGCUAUAUACAAACGUGACACCACCCAAACAGCGCCUAACUCAUUAACACCACCACUGCCCGGGCUGCCCGCGGUCAACGAAGAGGAAUCUUCUAGAACGUUCAAGGAAGCGAAGAAGACGAAGAGGAGGAGGAAGAAAACGGCCGAUCCGGAGGUAAUGAGCCCGAUGGCGGAGUUCUUCGAGAAUCUGGUGAAGCAGGUGGUGGAUCACCAGGAGAAUCUGCAGAAGAAGUUCACGGAGGUGAUCGAUCGGCUGAGCGAGGAGAGGAGGGCGAGGGAGGACGCGUGGAGGAGCCAGGAGGUGGCGCAUUUCGAGCGCGAGGCGGCGGCGAGGGCGCACGAGAAGGCGAUGGAGAAGAGCCGAGAGGCGAUGAUCGUGUCGUAUCUGGAGAGGAUCACCGGCCAGAGGAUCGAUCUGCCGGCGUACGGAUCGAAUUGCGGCGGAGAGGAUGAGAUCCGGCGAGAUCUGGAUCGGAAUUGAGGAAAUGGCUUGAGCUGGUCAAAAUUGAGAUGCGCCUUUUUUUUUGAGCUUGAAAUGCAGGAGAAAAAAUUGGUGUUUGGAUUUUUGCUAGCUAGAAAUUUAGAUGAGAAAAUUUAACUUUAUUUGAGUAGUAUAUAGAGAGAGAAUUGAAGAACUGCAAAAGAGAGAAUCAGCUAGCAUGAUCACUAUGUUUCUUCUUCUCACAGAGAAUUAGGGUUUAUGUUUUCGAUUAAAAUAUUGCCCUAAUUAAUUUCUUUUCCAUAUCUAGUAACAUUGUUUUUUGGGAGU